AACGCUGUCGUUUUCUUUGUGCUCCAAAACCGCGAAGGAAACCCGUAAAAAACAAAAGUUUCUUCACUCGGGAAAAAAUUGGCGGCACCAGACGAGAUGUCGAACUCAACGGAGCAAACCCUAGACGACGAACUUAGACCGUACGACCGGAGCCCUAAAAAUCAGCUACGUGAAGACCAACAGCAGGCUCAAGAAUGGGAGACCCUAGCUCGAGCCUGGGUAAGUGCGUUUCCAGAAGCAAAAGCUGUGACCGUGAGCCAAGUCGAAGUCUGGAUCGACUCAAACUUCGGCUCGCUACCAGCCGAUCUCCAAUCCAUGCCACGAUCCGAGCUCAUCGAAAGACUCCUCUCAAUCCAAAGUUACCUCAGAUUUCCCUCCCAGACCCAGGAAAGAGAACCAAGUCAGCAUGAACUUCCGCCUGCUCGGUUUCAGCGCACUGAUCAGUGGAUACCAGUCUAUUCAUGGUUAGAAUCUUUGGAUACCGAUGAAGUGGUCAAAUCUAAAGAGAUUUCGGAUUGGUUAAAUGAUAACCAACAAGUCAAGGACCAAUUGUGUUCCAGGCAUUCUCGGUACCAUUUGAUGCACUAUAUAAAAAAAUGCCAUUUAAAGAUAUUAAAAAGGAGGGAAAAGAAGGUUGUACCGCAGCCCUUGAAUAAAGAAAGCGUUUUGAAAGUGCGGAAGGAUGUAGUGGCAAAAAAACCAACACCAGUACCAAGCAAUCCUUUGAACAAUUUACCUAAAGAUAGUGACCUCUACAUAGCAAAACGGAACGAAGCUUUACGCAAAUAUGAGAUCUUAUUAGAAUUGGAGAAGAAGCUUGCCCCUGUAUUCUCGCGGAAGAAAUGAAGGGAUCUGAACCGAACCUAGAUACAACUACUCCAUGCUUGUACUGAUAACUUCGUUUUCAGCAUGAGGUAUAGAUUUUGCAUGUGAUUAGACCAUAGUGAUUCUAAUUCAUGCAUUUUAUGUGCAAAUAUUAUCGUUUAGGAAUAUUAUGCUAUAAUCUUUAUUCCGCAAUUGUUUUGAGUUGUACUUCUUUGCUUGAUUGUUCUACCU